CUGAGGCGGCUCCAAACCAAUGGGAGGCGAGUUUCCGCCGCUUCGGCUGAGCGCGUCCAAGGUCACGCUUUGCGUUAAGAUGGCGGCGGCCACGCGGGAGGAAGAUGCGUUCCGUCGCCUCUUUCGUUUCUAUCGGCGGUGGGAGGGGUCGGAUCCUACCGGGGUGAUUGACUUCUCGAAGCCAGCUAGGCGGCAGGUGGUCAGCUGCCCUCUGAAGUUAACGUCAGUAAGUGAUCAAGAUACCUACAGAGCAGGAUUGCAUCCAGUUACUCAAUGGAAAGCUUAUGGUCUAGAUAAUUAUCCAGGAUUCAUAUAUAUUAAUAAUCCCUUUCUUCCGGGCUCUCAGCGCCAUUGGGUGAAGCAGUGUCUAAAGCAAUAUACCCAGAAACCUAACGUAUGCAAUUUGGAUAUGCAUAUGUCUUCUGAGGAGGUUACUGAUCUCUGGGGGAAGAGUCAAUAUCAGCUUCGAAACAAAAGUGCCAGUAAACAACAGCCAAAAAGCUUAUUGGAAAAGCUGCGCUGGGUAACUCUAGGUUACCAUUAUAACUGGAAUACAAAGAAAUAUUCAGCAGAUCACUAUACUCCCUUCCCAUCUGAUCUGGCUUUCUUGUCAAAGCAAGUGGCUAAAGCUUGUGGAUUUCCCAGCUUUCAAGCAGAAGCAGGGAUCCUGAACUACUAUCACUUUGAUUCAUCUUUAGGAAUUCAUGUAGAUGAGUCUGAACUGGACUUUUCUCCGCCUCUUUUAUCAUUCAGUUUUGGACAGUCAUCCAUAUUUCUGCUGGGAGGACUGAAACGAGAUGAUACCCCUGUGGCCCUGUUCACACAUAGCGGAGAUAUUAUGAUAAUGUCUGGUUUCAGCCGCCUGCUGUACCACGCAGUUCCCAGGAUCCUUCCCAAUCUAGAGGGGAAGCCUUUACCAUCAUGCUUCGAGCUACCUCUCCCUGCUGACCUUCCUGCGGACUCUGUGAUUGAGCCCUGCUCCCAUGACGACUGGCAAACAUGUGGCAGAUAUUUGGAAGCAUCCCGUAUUAAUAUGACUGUGAGACAGGUGCUACCUGAAGGUCAGAGCUUCUUGACUGAAACUAGGACAGAGAGAGAACAGGAUGCUUUCUCCACAGACUGUCAUGAAGAGUAUAGAGAAACCAAAAAGCACAAGCCUGUUACCAACAAAUGAGCCCAUCUUCUUCUUUUCACCAUGACUUCAAACACAUGAAACACCAACACGUAGCAGAAGAGAUAAGAUAUGCCACUGAAAGAAAAUUGAUUAACUGUGGAAAUAAGUAUGUAUAUGAACUUCACAGCCAAAUAUAGGGCUCGGGGAGGAAAUUCAGUGCUGUUUCUAUCUCUUUAGGGUCACAUAGCAAACCUAUGUGGGUUACUUUGAUGCUUUGCCUAACAUUGGCUGAUUAAAGAAAUUAGAAUCAUCCUCAGUCUAUAACUUUCUUGUUAUUUGCUUUUGAGAUAUCAGAGGGGAGGCAUCAGUUAAAAGAGCAGAUUUGGGUAAUCCAGAGUGUGCCGAAUGGCCUGCCCAAGGGCUUUCAUGUGCCAAGUUCAGUAGCUUAGCUCUGAACUUCUCUGGCACAGUUAUCUGCUGCCUCACCUCCUGUGUGUUUGGGUCUCUUCUGAGCCUCACUAAUACUCUUUACACAAAGAUUAGUUUGUCUUUGCAGACUGUGUCACUAGGCAAGACUUCCUAGCCUUGAAAAGACUGAUCUGCUUUUUGCAGAGGACCUAUGUCUGCCUACCAAUCCUCACCACAGGAAAUUCAUCUCCCUUUGGCUGUGAUGUGUAUGGCUGUUUCUCAGCUGCUUUCUUUCGCUGUCUAGUUUUCAUUAACAGUGUCUGAAUGAGGGGAGGGAGGGCUCAGCUGAGCUGCUUGGAGAGGCUGCUAGCAUGCCAGCUAGCACUCUCCUGGUGAUGGCAUGUCCAUCCCCAACACCAUAUCAUGUGGAAGACCCUUGACCACCUCCAGCAUGGCAGUGAUUUUCAGGCCCUCCACCCACAUCACCUGUUCUAUAAUGGGGACUUUCCUUGUGUCCCCAAAGGUGCUUUAGGUUGUUUCCUUCCUUUUUGGAACAACCUUCCCCACCAAAGACUCUCUAAUUAGGGACAUGUGGCUCCCUGUGUCAACUAGAGCCUGCAUAUUGGUGUUCUUGAGCCUGACUGGGACCAUGGUCAGGACUGUGCAGUUCCCUGAGGCCUUGCAUAACUAGCUGUUUGCACCCUUUUCUUCUGGCACAUUUUCUUCCAUGACCAGACUUUCCACAUUUGAAACAUUUAAUGGGAGUUGCCUUACUUAAGAUCCCUUUGUCUCCCUUAGGGGCAUCCCUUGGUACUUCUCCUUUUUGAGAAGGAAAUGCUGGCUUCUCUUUUUGGGAGGAGGGGGUUUGCUUUUCCCCCAGCCUUCCUUUUAUCUGGUCAACAGCUGUUACUCCUCUGCCAGCCUUCUCUGCUUUUUGGGCUGCUGCAUAGCCCUCAGCUAGUCUUAUUGCCUCCUCCCCUGCUGCUCCUGUAUCCAGAAAUGGCCUAGAUAGAAUCUGUAUGAACUGUUCUAACACUAACAGCUAUAAUAGGUUACACACAGUUUUCCUUGAGACAUCCACUUGUAACCAAUUAGCAGCUGCCUCCUCCAGGAUUGCCCAUGAUUCAUGAAAGCCUUGCUCUGCAUUGAACACAUGGUCCUGGAACUUCCACUUAUAGGUCUGAGGAGCUAUCUCAUAAGGUUGGAGAAUUACCUCCUUCACAGCAUUGAUUUCCUCCCUGAGCUGGCAAUUGCAUGAACAUUCAAAGGGCUUUCCCAGCCAAACAUGGAGGUAAUCUAGCCAUCCAGCCUUUUUUUGGCCAGCCCUGUGUUCUAGCCACCCUCUCAAACAUAGCUAGAUAGUCCUGCAGAUCUUCCUCCAUCCCUCUCCUAUGUAAUUUCACAAGCACAGGUGUGGCCUCCACCUCCACAUCCACCACCUUAGAUUCCUCCCAUUCUAGCUCUCUCCCAUCUGGUCUACCUCCUUCCUUUUUCAGCUGCACAAGCUGCUUGAAAGUUCUCUCCUGGUUUUCUAGUUUUCUUUCCCAUUUUGUUUGCUCCUGCUCAAACUCCGCCCACCCCAGAAUCACUCAUGAGUCUCUCCCAUUGUUGCCUCUCCUUCCUUUGUGCUGCUACCAUGGCAUGCAUAGCAUCUACCAUCUCCUGCAUGCUUUGCAUUUGAUCUUCUAUCUCCCCUCCCCCCCAAGAGACUACGAAAUAUCUUAGCAAACUUCUGGUAACCAGUCUAUUUGGAUUCAGUAGCUUGGCAAACACCUCCUCCCUCUCACUCACCCACUGCCUGUGUACCAUAACUGCCACCUUAAUACACAAACAGUCCCACUGUUGGGUGCCAUUUAUAUGGCACAGUGUGUCAGCAUUCGUUUUUUAACUGAAUGUGUAUUGUUUUGCAAGUGUGGCAAGUGACACAGAAAAACAAGACAGUGGAGGCUUUUAUGCAUUUUACCAUAUACAGUGAUGUGAUUUACAGCAGGCAUUUACAACAAGUAUAUAUACCACAAUACUGGUGUUCACCCAGGGUCGGGUUUCCUUUCUCCUAAGUCUCCCUCCCAGAGAUUAUCCCCCUCGAUCUCUCCUGCUUCCUCCCCCUUUCUCUCUGUCUUCUUCCCUCUUUUCUAGGCUUGUGAGUGAGAGAGUGAAAAGAAACAAAUGGGCUAAAAUUUUACUGUAGUGUGCUCAGCGUGGCUUGACCUCCUCCUGGAACCGCUCAGCUGAACACUUACUACUUCUCCAUUGGGGGGGAGAACCUCUCUCAGGGUCUUCUGCUCAGUCCUGCCCCAGAGACCAGGGCUUCUCCACUGACAGCCAAUCUUCUUCCCCUCCUGGGUCUUGGGGAAGCCACCACCUGCAGCCAGCCAGGUCCCUCCUUCCUGUUCCUGCGCCUUGGGUGGAGCUCUUUGGGUCUUCCCUUCUUCCAGGGGAGCCACCUGUGGCUUCUUCUCCCUUCCUGACCAGGAACCAACAACUGCUCUGCACACUUAACUUCUCUCCCCAACUUUUCUCUCUGGCCACCCCAUUGACUCCAUUUUGUACAGAUUUUUCUUUCCUCCUGUCAUUCCAAUGUUUAGGUUAGACUGGCAGCAUGCCCCCAGCAACUGAGGAGGAAGGUGUCCCCCAUGGCUGUAGUCCCCAACACCUAUAUCCCCGGCUGGACCAAUGGGACUCUUGUCUUGACGUCUCACCAUAACAGCCCUGGCUAGCAGCCAGGUCAGCUCAUCAGGCCUUGUGACAGCGCACCUGCCCUUCAAGGCCAGCAUUGAGCUUCUUUUUCCCCCUUCCACUCACUCCAAUGGCUGGCUCAUGCCAGCAGAAUAGCAGCCAGGCCAGGCCACUAAAACCCAUAUGCCACAGGCAGCCUAUAAAUUUAAUAAUAACCAAACCCCUUGAGGCACUUUGCUUACUGCAUAUGACUACAUCGACUUCACUGAAUACUGAUUUACUCUGAAUACUGCCACUCUGGAGUCAUGCUGUGCUGACUAGAGAAAUGCUAUAAGCUUUGCAAUAUAUUUAUAAUCUAUUAACUGAUAUCAAGGAUUCAUUUUGUGAGCAGGAUGGACUCUUUUAUUUAAAAUAUCUUCCAUUCUUGGAGCAAAAUAAUUAGGAAUUGUCUGGUGAUUUUUCUAUUCAAGAUGUCCUUUUCUUCUCCUUGUCUAUGAAUACUAAAACAGCCCUGUUCCAUCAGCAUCAGGCCAUUUGGUUGCGUACAUAAUGCAAUCUUUGCAGCCUGCCUCCUUUAGGAGGAGAUUGGAGAGAAUGACUUUACAAAUGGGAACAAUGUAUUUGUAGAAGAAGCACCCAAUAAGAAAAUUAAUCAGCGACUAUCUCUGUUGCCCAAAAGGUAAAUAUAUUGAAACAAAUAAGGACAACAGUCUUCUGUGCCCAUCUAUUUUAGUAUCCCGACUUCCCUAUCUAGUUUUUAAUGCAGUUUUAAUUGCCAGAGUGCAAUGCUCUGUCCCAGAGGUAUUUUGUCGCACUUUUCCCAUGAAUAAGCUUACUCUAUUUUAAAUUAAAGAUCUGUAUCUAACUUGAAGAGCAGUUUCCAUCACCACUUCCCUCUUUAUCCUCCACCUUACUUUGCUGUAUUGCUUAAGCUGCUUUGUGCAAAACUCUCACCUUUUUCUCCAUUCUUUAUUUAGCUAUGCUAUUUUGAUAUGCUUUGCAGAGAAGGAGGCAUCUCCUCACCUCUUCAGGGUUACAAUAUAAGAAAUCUGUGCCCAGCAUUUUUGCAAUGUUCAACCAUGGUAUGGAUUUGGUUUUGUCUUUCAUAUCUCUCCCUCUGGGACUUGUAUAGUUAUUGAUCCAGAAGAAUUUUCACAGGAACUAUUGAUACUGUUUCCAAGUGUCAACUUGUUAACUGUUUGGACAGAGAAAGUUAUUCCAGACAAAUGUUGAACCAUUUUUCUGUUUUUGUGGUUAUAAUUAUUGUAAUUGUUGAGUAUUCUACUUUUACUAUUUUUUUAUUUUGCAGACAUUUUACUGUAUUUAAGUAUGCUGUUGUGAGUGUAAAUGAUUUGGCAGCAUACAAAUUUGAUAAUAAACAUCAGAUUAUAUUAAUUAGCAUCUAAGACAACAUUUUAACUUAUACAAGGCAACUGAAUUUUGUUCUCAUAUUGCAGUAGAGGCCUAAUCCAGGUUAGCUAGUGUAUGUAAUUAGGAAGUGUUGCCUGAGAUGGUUCCAAUUACUCUGACAUAUUUCUUGGAUUUAUAUUUGACAUUUUCAGGUGAGCACUUAGGGUUUCACACAUUGCACUAAGCCUUGAUUUGAUUUGAUUUGAUUUGAUUUGAUUUGAUUUGAUUUGGAGUGAUAUGUGAACUUAGGUAUUGCAGUUUAUUUAUUUAUAAAAAAAUUAAACUGCCUCUAUAUUAAAAGACCCUAGGUACUGCACAGGGAUUUAUAAACCCUGCUUAUUGUGGUCUUCAUACUAAACCAUGAUUUAGUUCAUGGAUACAAAAUGGGUAGUCUACCAGCAAUCUUUUUUAAUCAUCAGAGUAGGUAGAUCCUCAAAAUUUAACCUGUUUUAAGCAGGAGCAGAGUUUUAAGGGACAGAAUGGACAUCUUAAGCCUUGCAGAUACUUCAGACACCCAUUUCAAACCCCUACACACACACACGCACACCCAUACGCCAAAAGAAUUCAGUCCCUCUUUGGGUCCUAUUCCUUUUGGAGUACAACCCUUGAGCCAAUAGAAGUACAGCACCCCUGGCUUAGUGUGAUUAUACUUACUACCUUAAGCUUCUUUCUGAGCAGAUAUGCUGAGGAAUGUACUCAAAGUAAAUUUGGUAUAUGCCAAAGUAAGUUUUUCCUGUAAAAAAUGUACAUAAGAUACUAUGUGGUAUUUCUAGACAGAGGAGGAUAGCUUACAGGAAGUCUAUUUUAAAAGAAGCUUCUGCCAAUCAGCUAGCCCUGGGACAGUUAAAAAUGCAGUUUGGCCUCGUAUUGUUCAUCCUUAUGAUGGGGAUUACUAUAGUAAGUGGAACUGUUUUCUGUGAUCAGUCUAAUCUGUGUAAUAGCAGUUUUUCCAUACAAUCCAGAUUUAGGAAGAUUCUCCUUGUGGUACAUAAGGAUCUGUUAGCUGAUAGCACACUUGAAUUCCCAUUCAUCAUUGUAAACUCCAUUAAUAUGUAUUGAUCACAUUGUUGUAAACUUUGUUACCACUUAUUUAAUAAAACAGUC